AUGAACGUUCCAAGACCGCCUCCUCCGUUCCCGCUGAUGCCUCGGGUCCCCUUCCUGGCUCUGGCUCACGGGUGUCUGCAGGCGCAUUCUUUUACGGUGAGGGUGAACAACGAUUUGGCACCCAAGCCCGUCAUGUCCACCUCGACCGUGAACGUGAUAGAAUACUGCCUCGACGAGAAACAAUUCGGAAAGGGGGAGGAGGCGCUACGCAAGCAGUUCUUCAAUACGGAGGGCGCCAACGGCACCACCCAUCCGAGCCGCUGUUUCGCCGGCGCGAUCAUCUAG